GAAUCCACACCCAACGUGUUGACGAGAGGGAAUCAAACUUUUAUGCAUUAAUUAUGAAGCUUCUGUGAAGUUGCCUCCCAAAAAAACAAAGAAUGACAAUGACAUUGCACAUCUAUAUAAAACCCUAAAGCCUCCAUUACCCUAAAGCAUAAAGAUCAAUUUGUUUACCAACACAGUUUUGAAUAUUUUUAUACGUAAAAAAAAAAAUAUGACUUUUCUUUGAUUCUUCUUGAGACUUCUCUGGACCUUUUUUCUUUUUUCUUUCUUUUUUUUCUUCUUCAUAGUCCUGUCUCUUUCAAAAAACUUAAUUUGUAAUUCCGUCCCUAUCUUUCAUCAAAAAUCACCCAUGAAGCCCUACCAACGAUGGCGGUCGGCCGUUGCAGCCAUCAACAUCUCCCAAUACCUUGCUUCUCUGGCCAAGAAAGUCAUUGUCAGCAACACCCAACUCAUUACUGGAAUCACACACUCUCCAUCAUACUCGAUCAUUGAUAUCCAACACGAGGAUGACGAGCCUGAAGAUCACUUGCCCGCGCUCAAUAUUGAUCAGAAGACACUAGCCGACAUGAUCAAGGAGAAAAACUCCGACCAACUUUAUCAAUUUGGAGGAGCGAAAGGCAUGGCUGUUGUUCUUGAAACUGACGAAAAAGAUGGUAUCAAAGGUGAUGACACUCAUCUCAUUCACCGAAAGGCGGUUUUCGGUUUCAACAGGUACCCAAAACCGCCAAUGAAAAGUUUUUUAAGUUUUGUUAUUGACGCCUUUAAGGAUACCACCAUAAUUAUCCUCUUGGUCUGUGCUGUUCUCUCUCUUGGUUUUGGAAUCAAACAGCACGGUCUGAAAGAUGGGUGGUAUGAUGGAGGAAGUAUUGUUUUCGCUGUAUUUCUAGUCAUAGCCGUUUCAGCGGUAAGUAACUUUAAUCAAAGUAGACAGUUCGCCAAGCUCUCCAAGGAGAGUAGUGAUAUCAAGGUUGAAGUAGUGAGAGAUGCACGGCGACAACAGAUAUCAAUCUUUGACGUUGUAGUUGGUGACAUUGUGUGUUUGAAGAUCGGUGAUCAAAUACCCGCUGAUGGCUUAUUCAUGAACGGUCACUCGUUGAAAGUGGAUGAAUCAAGCAUGACAGGCGAAAGUGACCAUAUUGAGAUCAAUGGCACCAAUAAUCCCUUUCUUCUCUCUGGUACAAAGGUCACCGACGGCUAUGGCUUCAUGAUUGUCACUUCAGUUGGCAUGAACACUGCAUGGGGUGAAAUGAUGAGCUCAAUAAGCCGUGACUUGAAUGAACAAACCCCGUUACAAGCUCGACUCAACAAGCUGACUUCUCAUAUCGGCAAGGUUGGUUUGGCAGUUGCUUUCCUCGUCCUUGCGAUUAUGAUGAUUCGGUACUUUACAGGAAACACACAAGAUGAAUUGGGGACCAAGGGAUUCAAGAAAGGCAAGACUAAGAUCGAUGAUGUGAUGAAUGAAGUUGUCCAAAUCAUUGCUGCAGCAGUCGCGAUCGUUGUGGUGGCCAUUCCAGAGGGACUGCCAUUGGCUGUUACACUUACUCUGGCAUACUCUAUGAAGCGAAUGAUGGCAGACCAUGCCAUGGUUCGGAAACUAUCUGCGUGUGAGAUUAUGGGUUCAGUCACAACUAUCUGCACAGACAAAACCGGCACGCUUACAUUAAACCAAAUGAAAGUCACCGAAUUUUGGCUUGGAAGAGGAGCAAUGAAUGACUCAAGAUCAUCAGAUAUAGCACCUGAUGUUCUUGAAUUGCUAAAACAAGGCGUCGCUUUAAAUACUACAGGUAGCAUUUACGCACCGUUAUCUGCAUCGCUCCCUGAAAUCUCCGGUAGCCCAAGUGAGAAAGCACUGCUCUCUUGGGCUCUGUUUGAUUUAGGUAUGGAUAUUGAUCAACUGAAGGCAGAGUUUCAAAUUCUCCAUGUCGAAGCUUUCAAUUCAGAGAAGAAACGAAGUGGGACCAUCAUAAGGAGCAGAAUUAAUAAUACAGUUCAAGCACAUUGGAAGGGAGCUGCCGAGAUGAUCCUAGCAAUGUGUUCGAGCUAUCAUGAGAGAAACGGGAUAAGUGUAACCAUGCAUGACGAAGAUAGAAUACAGUUCGAGAAAAUUAUUAAAGAUAUGGCAGCUAAAAGCUUGCGAUGCAUCGCCUUUGCCCACAACAUAGUCACAGAAGAUAAUGUCCAGAAUCACCAAAGAGUUGAAGAAAACAGACUGACCUUAUUAGGGUUUGUCGGCUUGAAGGAUCCGUGUCGACCAGGAGUCAAAACAGCAGUAGAAUCUUGCAGAGAUGCCGGAGUAAAUGUCAAGAUGAUCACUGGGGAUAAUGUGUUCACUGCAAAGGCUAUAGCAACUGAAUGUGGGAUUCUUGAUACUACAGAGGAUUUGAAUAGCGGAGCAGUAGUGGAGGGAAAAGACUUCAGAAACUUCUCCGAUCAAGAGCGAAUGGAAAAGGUAGAGACCAUCCGUGUGAUGGCAAGGUCAUCCCCAUUCGACAAGCUUCUGAUGGUACAAUGCUUGAAGCAGAAAGGCCAUGUAGUAGCAGUCACAGGCGAUGGAGCUAAUGAUGCACCAGCAUUAAAAGAAGCAGAUAUCGGGCUUUCGAUGGGGAUCCAAGGAACAGAAGUGGCUAAAGAGAGCUCGGAUGUAGUCAUAUUGGACGACAAUUUCACCUCUGUCGUGAUGGUCUUGAGGUGGGGAAGGUGUGUAUAUAACAACAUUCAAAAAUUCAUCCAAUUCCAACUCACAGUCAAUGUCGCCGCGCUCGUCAUCAAUUUUGUGGCUGCAGCUUCUUCCGGUGAAGUUCCAUUAACUGCAGUCCAGUUACUGUGGGUGAACCUCAUAAUGGAUACCUUGGGGGCUUUAGCCUUGGCCACUGAGCAACCCACCAAUGAUUUGAUGAAGAAAAAACCCGUGAGUCGAUUUGAUCCGCUCAUAACCAAUGUGAUGUGGAGGAACCUCCUUGCUCAGGCCUUGUACCAGGUGACAGUCUUGUUGAUACUUCAAUUCAAGGGAAGGUCUAUCUUUGGUGUGAAUGAAAAGGUUAAAGACACCCUCAUUUUCAAUAGCUUUGUGCUCUGCCAAGUCUUCAACGAGUUCAAUGCGAGGAAGCUGGAAGCAAAGAACGUGUUCACAGGGAUACUGAAGAAUAAACUGUUUCUUGGGAUUGUUGGCAUUACAAUAGUUCUUCAGGUGGUGAUGGUUGAGUUCCUCAAGAAGUUUGCUAAUACGGAGAGGUUGAAUUGGGCACAGUGGAUGGCAUGCAUCAUAAUUGCAGCAAUGUCAUGGCCGAUCGGUUGGCUUGUCAAGUGCAUUCCAGUUCCAACAUCCUGAAAAAAAAGAGCAUCAAUUUCAGAUCUCCUUUACAUCAAUCGGUUGAACUUACAAAGUAAUCUUUAGUAUCAGAUUCCAUAUUAGUACAGAGUUUAUGUUAAAGAAAUUUAGACAGUUCUUUUAAAUAUAAAAGCAGAUUACUGUUAUAUAUGUUGAGUUUCUUUGUCAUGUUAGAAAUUUGAUUAUAACAUUAGCUCUGUUUAAAAGUAACG